GCCGUCCGAGUGCCGGGCGCGCACCUGCGGCGCGGACCCGCGGUGAAGGCAGGUCGAUACUGCGGCUGCGCAGAGGCGAGGAGGCGCCCCCCGGUGGAGCGGCGAGUGGCCAACAGUAGUGGGACGCAGCUGGCCGGCCGCAGCUUCUCGUCGUCGCCCGCACGAGCAGCAGCCGCACUCCGAGCACACUAGGUGCACUCUCACAACAGCGCGCCCCGUUACGCGACAACCCUCCGCCGCCACUCGGCCCUGUCGAUCGCUCAGACGACAACGUCUCCCCAAUCUUCCUCUACCUGCGUAUUAUCCCACCCUCGUGCCCUGCUCUUACAGACCGUUCCUCUGCCAAAAACUUAACGCGCGAUGGCCGAAAGCACCAAGGCAGGCAACAAGGGCAGUGCCAACUUCAUGCGCCAGUUCAGGGACAAGAAGACUAGGGAGCUGAAGAACCUGACGGCCAGCCAGUUCAUGGACGUCUGGAGCCACUACGACAAGGACGGAAACGGCUUCAUUGAAGGACGAGAGCUGGACAACUUUCUCCGCGAAUUUGUUUCCAGCGUCAGUUUGUCCGACGUAGGACCAGAGGUUGUCUCAGAGUCCAUGCUGGAAGAGCUCAAGGAGUGCUUCAUGGAAGCGUACGACGACAACAAGGACGGAAAGAUUGAAAUUCGCGAGCUAGCCCAGCUGCUGCCGCUGGAAGAGAGCUUCCUCUUGCUCUUCCGUUUUGACAACCCGCUUGAGUCCAGCGUGGAAUUCAUGAAGAUAUGGCGUGAAUACGACACCGACGGCAGUGGAUACAUCGAAGCAGACGAGUUGAAAAAUUUCCUGAAGGAUUUGCUCCGAGAGGCCAAAAAAGACAGCAUCGAAGAAGACAAGCUGAUCGAGUACACAGACACCCUGCUACAAAUAUUUGACAGCAAUAAAGACGGCAAGCUACAGCUCAGUGAGAUGGCCAAGCUUCUUCCAGUAAAAGAAAACUUUCUCUGUCGUUCAGCCUUUAAGCUAACUGAUGCGACAGCGGGCGCAAGUAAGUUAACAAGGGAGGACAUAGAGCGAGUUUUCGCCCUCUACGAUCGGGACAAGAACGGCACGAUCGAAAAUGAAGAACUCAAAGGAUUUCUUAAGGACCUUCUGGAACUCGUCAAAAAAGACUACGACGCGCAAGACCUGGAGGAGUUCCAGGAGGCCAUACUGCGUGGCUGCGACUUCAACAAGGACGGCAAGAUAAGCAAGAAAGAGCUGACCAUGGUGCUUCUGGCACUGGCCAAGCACUCGGCCGACGAAGACGGCAAAUAAGCGGCGCCGCUGCGGCAAAGUCGCCCCCGUUUCCACUUUGCAUCUAUAAUACUUUACAACCAACUCUACCAUAGUUCUAUCUCUCGACCGCUAUUUUCCUUCUCAUCUUCACUACUCGACCCGAACCUUUCCAUCUAUUGGCCUCGAGCGUGGACAAGCUCGCGAACGACCCUGCUCCAGGGGGGGCGCGCCGGCAGCGCUCCUUGCAUUGAAGAGGCGCGGCCUGACAACCUUGGCGCUCAAGGUGCGAGCGCAGGUCGGAACUGCGCUGAUCACGCGUAGCACGCUUGAAGAGCGAGUCUCGCGGCAUCGAUGAUUCGCGGUUGAGAGAGAGAGCCUCCCCCACACUCGUCGCCGUUCUGGCUAAGCCACUUCCUCGCGCUCCUAUUAAGGCGCUAGCGUUAGACGCCCCCUCCACCGAAAUAAAUAAGAUAAACCCUGCGUUAACUGUUAACUACUACUAAUACUAUUACUACUACUACUACUGCCCGAAUCGAAAGCGUAAGCACGUCCCUCGCCACAUAAGACCUCGAAUAACGCCCGAGUAACCUGAUCCUCCAGUCAGCUCAUGUCGCUAUUAUAAUCAGUAUAGGUAUAGCCUCAUCUCCGAAACAUGCACCCACCCACUGUCACAAAUUCGAGCGCGUGGGUAUUUGUUUUCAGUGUUGGGUGUUUUCCUGCUAAUUAUCCGAGAGAAACGCAAUACGUCAACCGGACCCUUUGGAGAAUCGAAGGAACAGGUGUUAGUAAGGGAAUAUAUGUCAAUGUCGUGUGUCAUUAAAGGGGGGUUGAGCAGACGGCUCGCCGAAACCAAGAACUCCGAGCAAAACCUUUUUGUUGUCGUUGUUGUUGCUUUGUUUAGCGCAUCCUAUCGCGUGUUGAAGGAAUCCACGCGCGAAUUUGCAAAUAAUGGUGUGUUUGACUGCUUCAUGCUGCAAGAACGCUACUAGAGCCGAGCGCAUGUCACUUGUAUCCGCCACGCGUGUCUCGCGCGUCUUCCGUGCGUUUUUAUCUGAGCAGUCGACCUAGGCUAGGCCGAAAACUGAUGCCGCUGAUGACUGCUACUUACAAAAUUUAUUCUUCCGAUCGUCUCCUUGUUUGCUGACUCUUUGCUCUGCAGGUUGAUUAUCGACCAGGUGGUAUAUAUUACAGUAUUACAUUUCAACAACUUUGUGCAGCUAUAUGCAUGAUCAAUACUGUGGCAUCUGAUGCAACAGAGUUUUACUCGUGCCACAUCAUACAGCCACUAAAAACAUACAUAUAGCGAGAAUUUAAGCGAGCACCGACCUGGGUGGAGUCACCGGAUUGAUUGGUGGAGCAUUGUUUUGUCCUCGGGAGCUCAAUAAAGUUUAUACUCAGUCGCUUAUGAGUCAUAUUAGUGAAAAUCAUGCAUUUUUUGCACCACCAAAAAUUGUUUAGAACUUCGCACAUGUGAGAGUUUCAUUUGAGGCCAUGGCGUCUUGAACUUAAAGUUACAUAUAGCGCACGAGCAUGCACCGCGUACACUAAUUCUACGUUGAAUAAGUCACGUGUUUAAAUGCCACUAAAAAAGAUGCAAGUUGGACCACGAUAUAAAAGGGUUGAUUUUUUUUUCCACAAAAAUGAACACAAACUUUCCUCCUUUAGAUCAAUCAAAUAUUAUCACAUCCUGCGACAACUUUGAUGUGGUCUCGUGGCUGAUAUACUGUUCGCUCUAAUUUGCGCUCUCGGAGGCUCCAUGCCCGAGGCAUUUGAAUGGCGCCAGAAACUCGCGAUGUGGUUAUCAAACAACACGGUGGACAUAAUUCACGUGCGUGGAACUCUUUCGUAUCAUUUUGCUCUCUGCAUUGGAAGUUGCACGUACAAGUCUUCGUUUUGGUUUUUCUUGCCGCUCCGUGAAUUGUUUGUGCGCAAGCUUAAUUUAGUGACGAUGAGCAGUUGUGUUGCCAAGCGCUUCCUCAUGUGCAUGCAGUUAAAGAUGGUUUUGCUCGCGAACUACAAUGUUAUUUGUGCUUACCAAGAAAUGUUUCCUUUUGUCUGAUGUGUCUCAUUGUUCGGUAUACCUUUCGGUGUAUGCAAAGUUGCCGCUUUAGCUACAAGAAAAAAUAUAGCUGCCACGCUGUUUAAAUACCAAACGUUGUUGACCUUGAGAUGUGUCUAACCAGAUGUGUACGCUCCUUUUCGAAAGACACCAAACUGACCAUAAUAAAGAUGAACUUAUGCCCGUU